AACAUUUGGAUACCACUUACCUCUGAGACAGUUCUUUUGGAAAUUAUAAAUAUAUUUCUUUCCAGGGAUCAAAAGAGUCCACAUCAACAUGAAAGAUGAAGUGUUGAAUCUGAAUUCACAGCUGUUUUAUGCAAUCUGGAAAGAGGUCAAGCUGGAGUGCAGUGGCACAAUCCUGGCUCAUUGCAACCUCUGCCACCUGGGCUCAAGGCAUCCUUCCUCCUCAGCCUCCCAAGUAGCUGGGGCUACAGGAGAGAAGACAAUGAGGUCAGCUAGAAUGACGGAUUGUCAUCACUGGGGCACGGGAAAGGGGUUGAGCAAGUCAAUGUAUGUUUUCCAGAGCCUAGAGAAUGUGUCUGAUUCUCUGAAGUAUAUUUUUUCUAAAUGCCAGAUUCCAGCAUUAAGCACUGUGCAGUUUUGAGAGAAGAAGUUAUAAAGCAAAACUGACUUGAGUAACCACCAGCCCAACAUUCGGGACUUUGUGGGGAUUGCUAUGGCUCUGCUGGACUUACAAACAAUAGUGAUGCAGAACCUGUCAUUAGCAUGUGUAACGCUUGUCAAAAAAUAAUCUGCCAAGAAAUGUUCUAAUUUUUACUGGUCAGUGCACUACCAACACUAGUUUUGGCAUGGCGGAUACUAAAUAACAAAGCUUUGUUUCGAAUAAA